GCUCAAACUUUCAUAUUUUUAACGACUUCCCCUUGCCUUUUCCUUUGCCACAUCAAAUGCCAUUUUUCCACAAAAAUGGUGGAGAUCAAAGAAGCUUCAGCCGGCAGCGACACCGACGAAGCGACUCCACUAAUAUCGAACCUAAAACCAAACCCGAACCCGAACCCGCCAAACAAGACCCGAUCCGUACGUACCAAUGUACCAGAGGUGGAGGUCCACCUAUACCGACGUGGCAAGGGCCCCAUUGAUGUAUUCAAAGCAUACCUUGGUGGGUGGGACCAGGAUCAACUUGAUGUUAAGGAAAUACUCGACAAAUACGGGUUUAAAUCUGUUUACGCAUUUAAGCCUGAUACGGGUCGGGGCGUUCCGCUCCGGUUUAAUCCACGUAAUGGACGGUCAAUAAUUACUUAUCGUGAUGGGUCAAAGAUAUACGUUGAUGGAGAGCCUAAGGACUCGUUGAUCAAACCUAUUACCAGGAUAUUGGUCGGGGUUGCUGUGGUAACCAUACUUAUAGUAUUACUGGUGAUAAGAGACCCUCCAGAGUGGGCAAAAAAGUUGAAUCUCUCUGAUGGCCGUAUCCCUCCAUGGCUUCUGGCUUGUGCUUUUGUUGCCUUCACACGCAUGAGGAAGAGAGCCAGGGAUUUCUUCGAAAGUCGGCGAAAAUAAGCUGGUGCUUGGCACUACUAGAUGAAUAUUCUCAAAAUUUUGCCUCUCUCUAUUUUAUUGUAUUCACAGAUAACAAAUCAUUCUCAUGUUAUAACCCUGUGAAGGUACAUAAUCAUUUUAUUCUCCAUCUGUUGGGGAAUUUUCAUUAUGGCUAUGAAUAUGGCAAAGGAGUAUUCAUUUGCUAUUCUAUUUUACUAA